AUGCGAUUUAGGGGAUUAGGAGUUUGGGUUGGUGGGGUUGGGGGGUGGGUGGUUAUAGGGUUGGGGAUAGGGAGGGGGUGGGGAUGGGGGGGGGGGGGAGAGAGGUGUGGGGGGGGGUGGGAGAGUUGGUGUUUAGGGGGGGUUGAAGUUUGGUGGUUAUGGAUGGUGGGGGGGUUGGGGGGUAGGUGGAUGAGGAAGAAUGAGGGAGUGGAGGGGUAUAGGGGGGGGGUGAUUUAUAAUGGAGUGUUACGAUGUUGGGGAAAGGAGGGUAGAGGGGGUGUGGGGGAGGGGGAGAAGGUUGGGGGGAUUUUGGAAGUAGGGGUGAGUUAUGGGAAAAGUGUUAGGUGUGGGGUAUGUGGUAUUGGGGUGUGUGGUGUGGGUAUUUGGGGUGUGGGGAUUGUGGGUGGGGGGUAA